GGACCGGGAUCCUCCGUCUCCUCUCAGCUGACGGCAAAAUAUGUCGGCAAUAACACGGUCUCUAUUAAAAUUAAAGCCCCUUGGCGGCUUCCAGGCCCUUGUAGGCACCCAGUCUGCUCGCUCGGCGGGAAACUGGAACAAGGACUGGAAGCCUGGUAAAUAUCCCGUCACCCCAGAGGAGCGCGCAGCUGCUGCUCGCAAGUAUGGUCUGCGACCUGACGAAUACGAGCCCUAUCCUGACGAUGGCCUGGGCCUAGGAGACUACCCCAAGCUGCCAGUUGUAUCAGCUGAAGCAAGAGACCCCUUCAGAGACUGGGACCAUCCUGAGCACCGAAGAAAUUUUGGCGAGCCGAUCCACGCCAGUGCUGAUAUGUACGGCCUAGACCGCGUUGAUGACACCCAGAAACCUCGCUUUUCACUCGGUGAUCAGGCGCUCACCUUCUUCGGAGUCAUGGCAGCUUUCUUUGCUGUUUACUUUUACAUUGAUGACAAUAAGAUGCACUGGCCAGUGCUUCCCAAGCAAUUCCCAGAGGAGGGCAAAACCCACUACACCUUCGAGCCAGCAGAGUAAUAUUAUUAUUCAUCGCCUACUUUUAGCAUGUAUAUAAGGGUCAAACAGAACCAUGUACAAUAUAUUUCAUGAAAAACUGUUAGUAAAUUAAAAGAGGGAACGUCUCUUAA